GGAUCGUGUGGCUCCGGGGCACCUGCGCACAAAGGUGCGUUAAGAUGGCGGUCGUUGGAGUCGGCGUCUGCGGAGCGAUGGUGAUGUUUCUCUGAGAUGAAAUACAUAAAACCUUUUAUUUCAGAAAUCCCAGGGAAUUUUAACUGGAACUACUCUGCAAUGUCUGUAUUUGAAAAGGAAAGUGAGAACAAACAAAAUGGAGAACAAGAGAGAUAUCUGCAAGCCAACAACAGAGAAUUUAACAGUCUGUUUGGAUAUCCGAACAAUAGCAUCAAGACCUCAAAAUAUAAUGCCUUUAACUUCUUGCCUAUGAACCUGUUUGAACAGUUCCAGAGACUUGCAAAUGCAUAUUUCCUCUUUUUGCUUUUCCUACAGUUGAUUCCCCAGAUCUCCUCCUUGGCAUGGUACACGACUGUGGUACCCCUGAUGGUGGUGCUGUCCAUAACAGCAGUGAAAGAUGCCAUCGACGACGUGAAAAGGCACCAAAACGACAAUCAAGUCAACAGUCGUUCUGUUCUGGUGCUGAUGGAUGGCAGGAUAGUGACAGACAAAUGGAUGAAUGUCCAAGUGGGAGACAUAAUCAAACUAGAAAAUAAUCAGGUCGUCACGGCUGAUAUACUAUUACUCUCUAGCAGUGAGCCCUACAGUCUGACAUAUAUAGAAACAGCAGAACUGGACGGUGAAACCAACUUGAAAGUGAAGCAAGCCAUCUCAGUUACCAGUGAGAUGGAAGAUAACCUAAAGCUGCUGUCUGCCUUUGAUGGAGAAGUGAGGUGUGAGUCUCCCAAUAACAGGUUGGACAGAUUCACAGGAAUACUGAUUUAUAAAGGAAAAAAUUACAUCCUGGAUCAUGACAGGCUGAUUCUCCGAGGCUGCAUCAUCAGGAAUACAGAUUGGUGCUAUGGCUUGGUAAUUUUUACUGGACCAGACACCAAAUUAAUGCAGAACAGUGGAAAGUCCACUUUUAAACGGACACACAUAGACCAUCUCAUGAAUGUCCUUGUGCUCUGGAUUUUCCUGUUUUUAGGCAGCAUGUGUUUUGUCCUAGCAGUUGGUCAUUGCAUUUGGGAAAACAAGAAAGGCUACUACUUCCAGGAUUUUCUGCCAUGGAAAGAAUAUGUCUCUUCAUCAGCUGUCUCUGCCGUCCUUAUAUUCUGGUCCUACUUCAUUAUUCUCAACACCGUGGUGCCUAUUUCCCUCUACGUCAGUGUUGAGAUAAUAAGAUUGGGCAACAGUUUCUAUAUCAACUGGGAUCGGAGGAUGUUUUAUGAACUAAAGAACACACCAGCACGGGCUUGUACCACCACCCUUAAUGAGGAGCUCGGCCAGGUCAAAUACGUGUUCUCCGACAAAACAGGGACCCUGACUCAGAACAUCAUGAUUUUCAACAAGUGUUCUAUUAAUGGGAAAUUCUAUGGUGUUGUCUAUGACAAGAAUGGACAGAGGGUAGAAGUCUCGGAGAAAACAGAAAAGGUCGACUUCUCCUACAACAAACUGGCUGAUCCUAAGUUUUCAUUUUAUGACAAGACUUUGGUGGAAGCAGUGAAAAGGGGAGAUCGCUGGGUACACUUGUUUUUCCUGUCACUCUCAUUGUGUCAUACCGUAAUACCAGAAGAGAAAGUAGAAGGUGAGCUGACUUACCAGGCUCAGUCCCCAGAUGAAGGUGCCCUGGUCACUGCUGCCAGGAACUUUGGCUUUGUGUUCCGUUCCCGCACGUCUGAGACAGUCAUGGUAGUCGAAAUGGGGGAAACCAGAAUCUACCAACUACUGGCUAUUUUGGACUUCAACAAUGUACGCAAGAGGAUGUCUGUUAUUGUGAGGACACCUGAAGAUCGCGUAAUGUUAUUCUGCAAGGGUGCAGACACGAUCCUCUGUCAGCUGCUUCAUCCAUCCUGUAGAUCCCUCAGAGACGUGACCAUGGAACAUUUAGAUGAUUUUGCCAGUGACGGCCUUCGCACCCUCAUGGUGGCCUACCGAGAACUGGACAAUGCAUUCUUCCAGGACUGGAGCAGCAAGCACAGUGAAGCCUGUCUGUCUUUGGAGAAUCGGGGAGAUAAAAUAUCAAUGGGCUAUGAAGAGAUCGAAAAAGACCUGAUGCUGUUAGGGGCCACAGCCAUAGACGACAAGCUGCAGGAUGGAGUACCUGAGACGAUCAUCACCCUGAACAAAGCCAAAAUUAAAAUCUGGGUUUUAACUGGAGAUAAGCAAGAGACUGCUGUGAACAUUGCCUAUGCCUGUAACAUAUUUGAGGAUGAAAUGGAUGGGAUGUUUAUCGUGGAAGGCAAGGAUGAUGAGACAGUUCGGCGAGAACUCAGGUCAGCAAGGGAAAAGAUGAAACCUGAGUCUCUACUGGAAUCAGACCCAGUAAACAGUUACCUCACCACAAAUCCCCGAAUGCCCUUCAAAAUACCCGAGGAGAUGCCCAAUGGCAACUACGGCUUGAUCAUCAAUGGCUACAGUCUGGCCCACGCUCUAGAAGGGAACCUGGAGUUGGAACUGCUGCGAACGGCGUGCAUGUGCAAGGGAGUGAUCUGCUGCCGGAUGACACCCCUUCAGAAGGCCCAGGUGGUAGAGCUGGUGAAGAGGUACAAGAAGGCGGUGACACUGGCCAUCGGGGAUGGGGCCAAUGACGUCAGCAUGAUCAAAGCUGCCCACAUUGGAGUCGGCAUCAGUGGCCAGGAGGGAAUGCAGGCCAUGCUCAACAGCGACUACGCCUUCUCCCAGUUCCGCUAUCUUCAGCGUCUACUCUUGGUCCACGGCCGCUGGUCCUAUAAUCGCAUGUGCAAGUUUCUCAGCUACUUCUUUUACAAAAACUUUGCCUUCACUCUGGUGCACUUCUGGUAUGCCUUCUACAGCGGGUUCUCUGCACAGACAGUUUAUGAUACCUGGUUUAUCACUUUCUACAACCUGGUCUACACCUCCCUCCCUGUCCUGGGCUUGAGUCUGUUUGACCAGGAUGUGAAUGAAACAUGGAGCCUACGUUUCCCAGAGCUGUAUGAGCCAGGCCAGCGCAACCUCUAUUUCAACAAGAAGGAAUUUGUGAAGUGUUUAAUGCAUGGGAUCUACAGUUCCUUAGUGCUGUUCUUUAUCCCUAUGGGGACCGUUUACAAUUCAGUGCGCAGUGAUGGGAAGGAAAUCUCCGACUACCAGUCCUUCUCCGUGAUAGUGCAGACCUCCUUGCUCUGUGUGGUCACAAUGCAGAUUGCCCUGGAGACAACCUACUGGACAAUGAUAAGCCACAUCUUCACCUGGGGUAGCCUGGGUUUCUACUUUUGCAUCUUAUUCUUCCUGUACAGUGAUGGCUUGUGCCUAAUGUUCCCCAACAUCUUCCAGUUCCUAGGUGUGGCCAGGAACACUCUGAACCUGCCGCAAAUGUGGCUGAGUAUUGUCCUCAGCGUGGUCCUCUGUAUGUUGCCUGUGAUUGGGUACCAAUUUCUCAAACCACUAUUCUGGCCCGUCAGUGUGGACAAGAUUAUUGACAGAAUUCAUCAUUGCAUGAGACAUCCACUGCCACACCCAAUCCGGACCAAACUGAAACAUGCAAGCUCUCGACGUUCUGCCUAUGCGUUCUCCCACAAACAGGGCUUUGGGGCCCUCAUCACUUCCGGCAAGACAAUGAGGGCCAAAAUGCCCAAGAAAAACAGCUUUCCUUUUAAAAAGUAGAGGCCUUUACGGAAGCCCUAAAGGAGUCAGUCAUUGCUCUUCCUCCCUUGUAUUCACACAACUUAAUAAGGAGAGAUUAGAGUCCCUGGAAACCAGCAUAAACCUGUUCUUCCACUCUCACUCCAGGGGCUCAGCUUCUUCAUUCCCUAGAAGGCUAUGCCCAGGUAAGACAAGGAAAGGUAAAGGCCCCCCCACACACACAUCUGUCAGAGUUACAGCAUUUCAAGAAAAAGCGAUGUCAGGCCUCCCUCUACCAACCCUUCCAAGUUUUAAUCCAUACAAGCAAAUGUGGAGAUAAUGGGUGAAGAGGGGGAAUGUGGGGUAGGGAAAAGAAAAUAGGACCUAAGAAUCUUAGUUUGGGCCCUAUUUCCCACAUCCAGGGCAACCAUAAAUUUUGCCAGGGCUCCCUACAAACAUAUUUACCCAGGCACCCUUCUCAGGUUUAUCUGAGGGAUUCAGGGCCUGGGUAGCAAAAGGAAGAGGCAGCUAUGAAAAGUUGGUCAUAAGAAGCUAAAGGAGAGUUUCUGGACCAAAAAAAGAAUGGAGGUGGUUCCUGCCUUGACAGGACAGCUCAAGAUUUUGCCACCUUCUCUUCUCUUUGACCCAAGAACUGAUACCUUUUCAGGCCUCAGAACUGGGAGGGGGAGACUGCAGGGGAUUUUAAAAAAUCUUUUCUUGAGGGACAUAAGCCAUAAUUGGUGAACAUUUGUCUUCAUUCCAUAAAAUUAUUUUGAGAAGAAACUGUAUGUACUUGGGAAAUUGCUUCUAACAAGUUUAUGGAUAAGUAAUA